AUGGGUGACGAGCCGGACUUUAGCUCCUUGCCCCUGACCGACCGGUGGGUGCACAAGGUAUGGAAAGUUCGCAAAGAAGCCUACGAAGAUGGCGCCAAGCAGUUCGCUGCCACCGCCGACCAAUACGCUGAAGUUUUCCGACCUUUCCUACAAGACUCCAGCCUAUGGAAAGGCGCCGUUGCAGAUUCCAACGUCGCCGCUCAACAAGAGGGUCUCGCCGCCUACUGCGCCUUCCUCGAGUUCGGAGGCAAGGAACAUGGGACGAGGACGCGAAACCAAACCGUCGUUCCCCUCGUCGAGAAGGGCUUACCGUCGACGCGCGCCGCAGCCAAGGAGUCCGCUCUGAAGGCCCUCCUCCUCCUGAUCGACGUCGACGCACCGGGUCCCGUCAUCGAAGAGUUGCUCCCCGCCCUGUCGAACAAGCAGCCCAAGGUCGUGGCCGCCACCCUCAACGCCCUCGUCACCAUCUACCACAGCUACGGUUGCAAGACGGCCGAUCCGAAACCCGUGCUCAAGGCCUUGCCGAAAGCCUUUGGCCACGCCGACAAGAACGUGCGAGCCGCUGCCCAGAGCCUUGCCGUCGAGUUCUACCGAUGGCUUCGCGACGCCAUGAAGCCCAUGUUCUGGGGAGACCUGAAGCCCACCCAGCAGUCCGACCUCGAAGCCCAGUUUGAAAAGGUCAAGGCCGAGCCCGCGCCGAAGCAGGAGCGCUUCCUCCGCUCCCAACAAGAAGCCAUGGCCCGGGCCCCUCCCCCUGCCGAAGGGGAAGCCGAAGGAGCCGGCCCCGAGGGGGGGGACGAGGAGCCGGCCGAGGUCGACGCCUUUGAUCUGGCCGAACCCCAAGACGUCACUGCCAAGAUCCCCCCCAAUUUCCACGACAACCUGGCUUCCUCCAAGUGGAAGGACCGCAAAGAGGCCCUCGAAGGUCUAUACGCCGCCCUGAACGUGCCGCGUAUCAAGGACGGCGAUUUCAACGAGAUCAACCGAGGCCUGGCCAAGUCUAUGAAGGAUGCCAACGUCGCCGUCGUCACCCAGGCCGCCCAAUGUAUCCAAGUGCUCGCCAAGGGCCUGCGUAGUGCCUACGGCAAACACCGGUCCGUCGUCAUGGGCCCCGUCAUGGAGCGUCUGAAGGAGAAGAAGCAGACGGUGGCCGAGGCACUCGGCGCUGCCUUGGACCAGGUUUUCCUCGCCACCAGCCUGUCGGAAUGCUUGGAGGAUAUCACCUCGUUCCUCGGCCACAAGAACCCUCAGGUCAAGGAGGGGACCAUGAAGUUCCUCAUCCGAUGUCUUCGGGCCACCCGCACCGUGCCCAGCAAAGCCGAGAUUGGCUCCAUCGUCGAGUCGGGCAAGAAGCUCUUGUCCGAGGGGAGCGAGGGUCUGCGAUCCGGUGGCGCCGAAAUCCUCGGCACCGUCAUGAAGAUUGUCGGAGACCGGGCCAUGAACCCGCAUCUGGAAGGGCUCGACGACAUUCGCAAGAACAAAAUCAAGGAAUUCUUCGACACCGCCGAGGUCAAGGCCAAAGAGAAGCCGAAGCCGCCCCCUCCCGCAGCCAGGCCUCCCCCUGCCGCCGGUGGUCCGAAGAGGGCGGUCGGAGGAGCGAGGAAGCCAGCCGGCGGCCCGAAGAAACCCAUCAUGCCCCCCUCGAGUCCGAGCCCGCCUGUUGCUGCGCAAGAGAGUGCGCCCCUCGCGCCACAGCCGACGUCGAGAUCGGCGCCGGGGGGGGCAGGCAAACUCGGAAUGCCGAAAUCGUCCGGUCUUGCCGGACUGAAGGCGCCCCAGAAGCGCCUUGCGGGCCCAGGCGCCGCAUCACCCCGCCGACCGAUCAUGCCAGACGACGAUCCGGCCCCUGCAGCCGCCGCCGCCGCCGCCCCGCCAUUAGCUCAACCCCGUCUCGGACUCGGUCGCGGCGGUCUGGCCGGCCGGUCACUAGCCAAACCGACCCCUGCGCCGGUACAAAUGCCCCCCGCCUCGCCCCCGCCGUCCAGCGGGCUCACGGCCGUGGAAAGGGCCGAGCUGGAGGAGCUGCGCGCCGCGAACGAGCGGCUGACCCGGCAGGUGGAGGAGAUGCGACACGAGCGGAACAAGUUCCUCUCGGAAAUCCAGGAGCUCAAGAACCAGAACGCCGGCCUGAUCGAGGACCACACGCGCGACGUCCUGAGCAUCAAGGCCAAGGAGACGCAGCUGGUCCGGGCGAGGAGCGAUGCCGAGGCGACCGAGCAGGUCAAUGAGCGGCUGAGGCGCGAGCUGGACAGGUUGAAGAGGGCGCUUAAUAAUGCUGAGGGCCUGGCUUCCAGGGCUGGCAUGACAAGUCCAAGCAUCUCGUCGCCGACUCAUGACGACGUGGGCAUUUAUAGGGAUCAUUCCUACGGGGCCUCCGGUAGUCGGAACCGCAUGAGUUUCGCCAGCACGCUCUCCGAGGAGAAGGAGAACGGGGAAGGUCAUUACCACCGGUCGAAGCUCAGCCCCGACCUCCGUUAUGGGGGGGCGUCGGGACGGGGCAGUCCGGCUAGGGGAUUCCGGAGUGCCGUGGCCACCCCCGUCGACGACAACAUGCGGGAGCCGUCUCACACGGCAGUCAGCUCGGGGUCAAGCGGCGCCGGCUACAACGGCGGUGUUGGCGGUGGGGGCGCUGCGGCGGCUGCUGCUGCUGCUGGGGGGGUGGAAAGCUGGAAGCGGGCUGCUGAGGUGACGAGUCAGCUGAAGGCACGGAUUGAGCAGAUGAAGGCCAAGCAAGGGUUCGCUCGACCGUAA